AAUCUAAUAAUAAUAGAGGCUUAGUGCCCACUAAGUUUUUCCGUGUGUAUGUAUUCCACCUACAGUGACAGGAUAUUACUAUAAUGGCAUAGUUUUUACACUAAAUCAACAAAACUAAAAAACCCAGGCAUUUUUUGGGAUACAAAACAGCCUUUAUUAAUCAUAACAAAAUACAAUACAUGGUAAAUAAGUAAAAGGAAAUAUUUAGUAUAAAAAUAAAGUGCUCCAACAAACAAGAAAGACCAAACUAAAAGAGAAUUAAAACAACCUCAAUCAAAUAAUAAAAGUGAUCACACUGUCCAUGAAUAGAACAAAAUAAAACCCUAUAGGGAGGGAGGGAGGGAGGGAGGGAGGGAGGGAGGGAGGGAAAUGAUUGCUAGUGCAAUAAAAGUGAAUGUUGCUCCUGCAAUGCCAAGUGAGAAUGUGACUAAACUAGAAUUGUAUCCGUCUGUAACCCAUAUUACAGCCGUGGUAUUCCUAUCUACCGUAAAACUACUAUAUCCUAGGUAGUAGACCCAUGGUAUUAUGAAAUCUCUCAUGCCAAAAACUACUGUGAUGCUGUACUAGCCCUGCAUCCCAAUGUGACACCUUCCUUUGAGAUUUAGAACAGCAUCAGUCGUCUCAACUGAUGCACCUCCUUAAUAACAAUCAUUUAAAGGAACAAAUUUUUUUUAAAAAUAUAGAGGUAUAAAUAUUUAUAAUAUUUUCUUGUCUUGUGAAAAACCAUUCUAUUAAAUAUUUUGACACAAACAAUAUAACAGUAAAGUCUGCACAUCUAUUUCAUUUUGUUACGUCCUCUCAGUGAUUAUUUAACAGCUAUUAGAACACGAAUACGUCCACUUGCAUUAUUUUCAUCCGCAAUGGGGUUUUGCAAUUUGGAAUAAGCAAAGACAGAAGUUCGUUAAUGACUGCUUACGACUCUUCGCGAGUGCAAUUUCUACAAGUUUUAUUUAUUUCUUUGACCUUCGGAUAUUUCCAACACGUGUGACGAUUCAAUAUACUAGGAAUUUAUAUACAGCAAGAAUAAAUAGCAUUAAGAUUAUCAUUUUCAAUCCUUCGAUCGAAAUUAGAUUUUAGCGCGUAUGGUAUUGCGCCCAAAGUAGAAUAGAACAGACUUCUCCAGGUCGAAGCUGUGCUCGCAGAAAUUACUCCAAACAGGACUUCUUAAAAUCUUUCCACUUAAAAUGUAUCGCGGUAUUCAAAUUCCCUAUUCUUCCAAUUCGAUCGGAGUCGUCUAGUUGUUUCUGGUCUCUUGAAAUAUUAUCAGAAAUCCACGGGCGUUUACAGAAAGCGUUCUCGAUCAUUAACAUCUCGAUAUUCGUAAAUGGAACGCUAUGACGCAUAAAAUAAUCUCGAUUAAUCGGCUCCGUAUUGCUGUUACUUUUCUUCAAGGUACAUUCCACCCAAAGCACUCGACAGCUAUUUGCUUCGAAGUUUCCCUGUUCGACAUUUCUGUCGAGCUUAGUCCUUUCGCGGUCAAGUCAAUGUUUUGGUUGAGCUCUGCGCCAAUCAGAUUGCAGGAAAUUACAUAUCCAGAACUGGUUGUGGCCCGGACUGUUUAGUAAGGUCUUCUUGUCAUAACAUGUCCCUGGAACUUACAAAAUACUGGUUGUAUAUAUAUUUACUCCGAGGUUUAGUGAUGAAAAUAUAGAAUGUUACUCUGGGCAAUGCAUAUAAGGUAAGAUACAAAAUGGAACAAAACUUUUAACCCUGGAUUAGCGCUAAUAGGGCAUUCACGGGAACCGGGACCUGUUGAGCGUUAUAACUUAUUAAUCAAUCAAAAUAGUUCGCCAGUUUUGAUUGGCUCCAAGCCCCGGCUAAUUCUUCAUAACCAGCUGGCGCUUACCAGACAGCUAUUUUGUGGAAGGUUGUCGGAAAAAAAACGUGCACGCGAAAAUUCCGAAAGGUAAUAUGAGUAUGAUAAAUACACUGUCCCUGACACUGAAGCUGUUGAACCUACUUUUGUUGUUUUCCUUCAGCAAUAGCAAACAUACGUCCAUAGCCUCUCGUGCCAUUCUUUCAAAUUUCUUUGAAGAACAGUGGACUCAAAACCGUCCACAAUACCUUUCGUAGCCUGCGUAGCUGGCGGCAUUAGCGCGGGAAUGCUGUGUUGGUUUGGCGGCGGAGCCACGAGAAGGGAGGGCAUACAAGUGAAAAAAGUACCCCUGGCAGAAGAAUCCCGCCAGCUACACUGGCUAUACCUUUCGGGAUUGUCGCGUGCACUUUUUCUGACAACCUCUCUCGAAAUAACUGGAAUGUGGAAGAUGCGAGCAAUAUACCAUCGAUUCGAUGGUAUAAGUUGAAUUGUUGCAUAGCUGGGAUUUUUUCUUCAGCCCGAGCAGUCUUACAAUCUCAAAUCUUUAUUAAGAUGAAAAUACAUAUCAGGAUCUGUAAGGAUUAAGUGAAAUACAACUAUUCAAAAGCUAAAGAUUACUCAAAAUGCAUUCUGGAAUUAAUUUAGGUGACGAUUUCACAAUCUUUAAGCAGUUGUUUCCAUAUGACAUGACUUGCUGUUUUGAAGAUGUGGUCAUUGAUGUCAAAAAUUUGACCGCGUUUAGAUUUUUCCCGCGAAAGUUAAGACAAACACAAAGCUCAGGAUUCUCGUAUUUCUCUUGAGUUGUAGCUUACCACUUUUCCGUUUUAGAAUAUAUAGCUCACUUCGGAAAAGAUUGAUAGCUUGGGGCCUAAACUAGGCGCGCGGGAAUUUAUGGGAUUAUUUGAGGGAACGUGAAUGUAAACAAACAUGGCAGAAAGCGAAACGGAAUGUUUCAGCGGGGUUAAAACAGCUCAAAAUAACAAAACGGAAGGUGGAACUGAAACAAACAAAAAAAAAAACCAAAUGUGAAGCUGAGGGAAGAAGAUGUGCCUGGGGCGAUCUCACAUCGAGAAAAACCAGAAGAAUGCACCGUGAAACAGCUGCAGAGAUGGCUUCUUUGCUGUGGAGCCAAGACAACCGGAAAGAAAAUAAACGCAGCUGAAUGCGUCUUGCCUUUGAUAUUGUAUCAAAUGCCAAACUAGGGGAGUUCCUGAAGUUAUUUGUGCACAAAGGCACACAACAAAUUGCACGUCUCGUUUAAUUCAAAAUGGCUGCUCGACUUGCCCCCCCAAACAAUCCCACAAAUGUGCGCGCGCUUGGUUUGGGUCCCAGGUUAUCUCUUCCGAAGUGAGCUAUUGGUGCAUAAUUUCAGUCAGCCCAAGCUUUUUUCGUUUUGUUGGCUAGGUUUACCGUUCUUUGGUAGAGAAAGGCAUAAUCACACGUUUUUUCCUUUUCAAAGCCUUGGGUUUAUUAUUAAAAUUUUUGUACAUAUGUAUAUAUAUAUAUAUAUAUAUAUAUAUAUAUCUAGCCGGAUUUAUGAAAACCGUAACAUCGGACACCAGGAGCCCACACACCUUAAACUGACUCAACUAAAGUAAAUAUCGCCAAGAAACUCAGCUCUUACCCAUGGUUCUCUUAAGGUGACCCUCUUCUUGGUUCCUGAUUAGCAAAAGAAACAUUCAAGUCCAUCAAAAAGACACUCUGGACUUGUCCAUACACUCUAGCUGCUUAAAGGCCCUGAAUGACGGAGGACGCUUGAGACUUCAGCAAGUUCUAAGCAGAGAAUUCAAGGUUAAGUCACCCCCCUGACUUCCUCCACCCCCCCAGCCUAGCACGUGCUUGAGGGGAAUGCUUUCAUUGGCCAAUGGGCCUCAAACGUCACAAGAAUUUCACAUGACAAACUAAAGGCAGACGUGACCAGUGCACUGACUCUCCCAGACCAGGACUAACGGAAGGUACAACGCUUUUGCAGCAGCCUCCCCCUAGGGAUUGACGUGGAGGCCCCUUUCCAACCCAUGGCGAGUUAGCUCAGGGACUGAACUUGACAAUGAGACCAAGCAGGACAGCAAGCCCCUAUGUUUUCUCUCAGCGCAGUGACCAGAAAGCUGGCUAUGGCCAGCUUUCUGUGCGAAUAUUCUGGUGCAUUUUCAGGUAGGUUUUCAAAAAUUCGGCUAGAUGUUGACGACAAAUGCUGUCUUUUCCAAGAAGGAGGUCACCUCGGGCCAAAUCUGCCUCCUCCCAACCCAGUUUGGCCCCAUUUCUCCCCUCCCGACAGCAUUCAACGACAUCAUCUAGCCGGAUUUAUGAAAACCGUAACAUCGGACACCAGGAGCCCACACACCUUAAACUGACUCAACUAAAGUAAAUAUCGCCAAGAAACUCAGCUCUUACCCAUGGUUCUCUUAAGGUGACUCUCUUCUUGGUUCCUGAUUAGCAAAAGAAACAUUCAAGUCCAUCAAAAAGACACUCUGGACUUGUCCAUACACUCUAGCUGCUUAAAGGCCCUGAAUGACGGAGGACGCUUGAGACUUCAGCAAGUUCUAAGCAGAGAAUUCAAGGUUAAGUCACACCCCUGACUUCCUCCACCCCCCCAGCCUAGCACGUGCUUGAGGGGAAUGCUUUCAUUGGCCAAUGGGCCUCAAACGUCACAAGAAUUUCACAUGACAAACUAAAGGCAGACGUGACCAGUGCACUGACUCUCCCAGACCAGGACUAACGGAAGGUACAACGCUUUUGCAGCAGCCUCCCCCCCUAGGGAUUGACGUGGAGGCCCCUUUCCAACCCAUGGCGAGUUAGCUCAGGGACUGAACUUGACAAUGAGACCAAGCAGGACAGCAAGCCCCCUAUGUUUUCUCUCAGCGCAGUGACCAGAAAGCUGGCUAUGGCCAGCUUUCUGUGCGAAUAUUCUGGUGCAUUUUCAGGUAGGUUUUCAAAAAUUCGGCUAGAUGUUGACGACAAAUGCUGUCUUUUCCAAGAAGGAGGUCACCUCGGGCCAAAUCUGCCUCCUCCCAACCCAGUUUGGCCCCAUUUCUCCCCUCCCGACAGCAUUCAACGACAUCAUCUAGCCGGAUUUAUGAAAACCGUAACAUCGGACACCAGGAGCCCACACACCUUAAACUGACUCAACUAAAGUAAAUAUCGCCAAGAAACUCAGCUCUUACCCAUGGUUCUCUUAAGGUGACUCUCUUCUUGGUUCCUGAUUAGCAAAAGAAACAUUCAAGUCCAUCAAAAAGACACUCUGGACUUGUCCAUACACUCUAGCUGCUUAAAGGCCCUGAAUGACGGAGGACGCUUGAGACUUCAGCAAGUUCUAAGCAGAGAAUUCAAGGUUAAGUCACCCCCCCUGACUUCCUCCACCCCCCCAGCCUAGCACGUGCUUGAGGGGAAUGCUUUCAUUGGCCAAUGGGCCUCAAACGUCACAAGAAUUUCACAUGACAAACUAAAGGCAGACGUGACCAGUGCACUGACUCUCCCAGACCAGGACUAACGGAAGGUACAACGCUUUUGCAGCAGCCUCCCCCUAGGGAUUGACGUGGAGGCCCCUUUCCAACCCAUGGCGAGUUAGCUCAGGGACUGAACUUGACAAUGAGACCAAGCAGGACAGCAAGCCCCCUAUGUUUUCUCUCAGCGCAGUGACCAGAAAGCUGGCUAUGGCCAGCUUUCUGUGCGAAUAUUCUGGUGCAUUUUCAGGUAGGUUUUCAAAAAUUCGGCUAGAUGUUGACGACAAAUGCUGUCUUUUCCAAGAAGGAGGUCACCUCGGGCCAAAUCUGCCUCCUCCCAACCCAGUUUGGCCCCAUUUCUCCCCUCCCGACAGCAUUCAACGACAUCAUCUAGCCGGAUUUAUGAAAACCGUAACAUCGGACACCAGGAGCCCACACACCUUAAACUGACUCAACUAAAGUAAAUAUCGCCAAGAAACUCAGCUCUUACCCAUGGUUCUCUUAAGGUGACCCUCUUCUUGGUUCCUGAUUAGCAAAAGAAACAUUCAAGUCCAUCAAAAAGACACUCUGGACUUGUCCAUACACUCUAGCUGCUUAAAGGCCCUGAAUGACGGAGGACGCUUGAGACUUCAGCAAGUUCUAAGCAGAGAAUUCAAGGUUAAGUCACCCCCCUGACUUCCUCCACCCCCCCCCAGCCUAGCACGUGCUUGAGGGGAAUGCUUUCAUUGGCCAAUGGGCCUCAAACGUCACAAGAAUUUCACAUGACAAACUAAAGGCAGACGUGACCAGUGCACUGACUCUCCCAGACCAGGACUAACGGAAGGUACAACGCUUUUGCAGCAGCCUCCCCCCCUAGGGAUUGACGUGGAGGCCCCUUUCCAACCCAUGGCGAGUUAGCUCAGGGACUGAACUUGACAAUGAGACCAAGCAGGACAGCAAGCCCCCUAUGUUUUCUCUCAGCGCAGUGACCAGAAAGCUGGCUAUGGCCAGCUUUCUGUGCGAAUAUUCUGGUGCAUUUUCAGGUAGGUUUUCAAAAAUUCGGCUAGAUAUAUAUAUAUAUAUAUAUAUAUAUAGUUCAGUGGGGUUUCUAAUCCUGUUGUGUUCGAUUUGAACAUUUUUUUUAGUGGAGUGCCUAUAAAUCUGCUAUAAAUAUAUUAUAAAAUGCUAAACUGGAUAUUAAGCUAAGUGCACAAUUUCAUUAGUUUCAACUACUACCAUUACAACAUUUACAAGCCACCAAAAACCUGAAUUGAAAACACAUGCUUUUUUUUGGCAGUCCCCCACCCUUGUCGCUCAAGGCUUCACCAAUGUGAUUUGUCUCGUUCCACGUGCAAGGAAACCGGGGAUACCUACUCUUGUCCGUGCAAAAGAGGGUUUACUGGACAUCCUGGAAACUGCACAGGUAACAGUUAAGCAAGGCUGGUUCGAUUUAUUUGUAUCAAAUCGCGAGAAACCAUUCAGUAUAACUACCGUAAGAAGGGCCAUAGCUAGUUGUAAAUUUUACAAUUUUAAAAUGUGCAUUCUAGAUGUGAAUGAGUGUGACAAUGGAACACAUGAUUGUAACCAGGAGUUGGCGAUCUGUAAUAACACGAUUGGAUCAUUUACUUGUCAUUGCAAGCCUGGUUUUAUUGGAGAUGGUAAAAACUGUUCAGGUACUGUAAUUUUCCUAGCCACUACUUACUGUAGCCAUUCAACUUAACGACUUUAAAAGUGUCAAAGUUAUAACAAACUCACUGAGGCAUCCCAGCCACUUUUUGGAAAAAGUAAUGGGAAAAAUAGGCAGUCCAAGCUCAAAACAUGGGAAAGUAUGGGAAUUUUCUGCCAAUACAUAGACUAUUUAUAGAAAAAAAAAACAUUUAAAAAUUAUAAUAAUAACAAUUAAAAGAAUUAAAAAAAUUUGCUUGACAGUGCAAAAUGCUGACAUCAGAAUAUGUUCUAUUUAUAGGAAAUAUAGGAGGAUUUCUUGAAAUAUAGGCUGUUUAUAGGAUUCUAUACAAAUUAUAGGAUAAAUAGGAAAUAUAGGAGGUCUGGGAUGCGUGCAGGGUUUCAAGUACCAGCGUUCUUGCCGUUUAUUGAAAGGAAUUUUGUACGGUGAAGUUUUGAAGGUAAACUGUAUUGUAUUGACAGAUUUUCAACACAAACAAUUAUAUCCCUUUUAAUUUUCCGCCUCUGGUUUACUGUUAAAAUAUUUUUAAAAUUACGCAAAUUUCAGCCCCAGAAUUCUUAUGAAAUAUAUUCUUAUAGCAAAGGAAAAGUGUGUAGUGACAGCUACAAUGUACUCUUGCCUCGGAGUUGUCUUCUUGCUGUUUUUGCUAUGUUUUUAGCUAUUAUUUCGCCUAGUUCCAGCUGUAGUUCUUACUCUUGAAACGAGUGAAGUGUCCGCCAUUUUUAUUUUCACAACCAAAACAAGUCAACCUCGUCACCGGGUCUUCUCGGUAACGGUGCCUUAACCUGUAGCGGGCUGCAUUUUUUACGUCAUUUCGUUAAACACAACAUUCUUCGAAAUCUGGCCAUCAGUAACUGGUUAUGGUGAAUUAUGCGUGUGCUUUUAGCCAAUCAGAAUUGGAGAAGUAUUUUGAAUGAAUAAUAAUAUAUUUUCUAUCCAGUUCUUACAGUAAUACACUGUCCGUUGUUUAUUUGAAGGUAUAAAUAUAAAAAAUUUGUCAGGUUGGUAAGCCAUUGAUCUAAAACCUGGUCUAAAAAUUGAGGUCUAAACUAAAAAUAGUGCGAUCUUUAGAAUAAAUGAUCAUUAUACGUUUCUGGGGAAACUGACCACCCACCCCUCCCCUUUGCCAACAUUUUGCCCUAAGUGAGAAGUAAGUGUUAAUGCUGGCUUAGGGGAGGGGUAGGUGGGCAGUUUCUCGGAAACGUGUAAUGAUCCGAGUUCUUUUCGUCGUCGUGGUUGCUCAUAAGGUCCCUACUAUGUUGUCAAUGACAAAAUGUUGACUUCCUGCAAAUAAACGCCCACGGUUUGGUCGUCUGUGUUAUAAGUAGCCUGCGUAGCUGGCGGUAUUGUGUACUAGUCGAGUGAGAUUUGGCAGCGGAGCCGCUACAAUACCUCCAGCUGCACAGACAACUUAUAAGCAAAUCCUACAGAUCAGAGAACUGAUUUAUUCCAGUACAUUGACGAUUAACGGCUAAACAAAUAACUUCAUUAAUUUUCAACCAGCCUCAAUAAAGUGCUUUUGCUUCCUUGUAAACCAUGCCGGUUAUUUUUUCGCGGCAGUUCAUCACCCGUGUGACUCAGGACGCCACCAUUGUAAUUUAUCAUAUUCUACUUGCAAGAAAGAACCGGGGGUCGGAGAACGUAACUACACUUGUCCAUGCAAAAUAGGGUUUACUGGAAUUCCUGGAAAUUGCAAAGGUAACAUCAAACGCCCUGUCCACACUAAUGCGUUUUCAAUAGUAUGCGUUUUCGUUGUCAUUGAAAACGCAUCGAUCGAUUCGCGUCCACACUACCGUUUUGAUGCGUUUUUUACUGCCCAAACUAAAACGUUCGAAAACGAUAUUAUUACACGUUGCCACGUACGUGUAAGUUAAACUCUACGCACUCUACGUCAUCUUUUUUAUGUUGAUAGGACGUUAUGUAUGUGUUUCCGUUUUGAUCCACUUUCAAGAUUUUCAAAUCGAUACGGUGUGCGAAAGGCCUAAACAUAUCGAAAUAUAUGGAUACGCAAUGGUGUGGACAGGGUCUAAAUCUUGAAGAAAAGUAAAGUAAACUAACCUGAAUUGUCUCACCCAAAUCUAUCUAAUUGAAAAAAAAAGUACAUUAAUUACUAGUUCUUGUGCUGUAAGUGCGAGAGAAAUCACAUGUUGACUUAGGGGAGGGGCAGGUGGGCAGUUUCCCAUCUAAAAGUAUAAUGAUCUAUUUAAUAAUCUAUCUAAUUUAAAAAAAUGUAUCAUUUAUUCGUUUUUGUGCUGUUAAGUGCGAGAGAAAUCACACAGUAAUUGAAUGUGUCUUACAGAUGUGGAUGAGUGUGAAAAUGGAACAAAUGAUUGUGACCCGGUGUUUGGGACCUGCGAAAACACGGUAGGGUCAUACACUUGUCAGUGCGAGCCUGGAUUUACUGGAGAUGGUAAAAGUUGUUCAGGUAAAGUAAUUCCCGAUUCGUAGCUUACUGUAAUUUAAGAAGGGUCAAAAUUAUUAGAAAAUUUGAAAGAUAGGGUACAGGGUGUAUUAUGUGAAAUGGGCUAACACUGUAGAUACUGAAAUAUAUUCAUUCAUCAAAUUUCAAACACAAUGACUAUCCUUUGACAUGUUGGGUAAAGUAUCGAGUUAUUCCAGUAAAUUCUUACUUUUCAUAUUAGACCUAGGUAAGGUAAGGUAAGGUAAGGUAACGCCUUUAGUUAUAGAGGGUAAGCAAGUGACAGUUAUGAUAAAACUGAUAAACUUGUGGCCCUCUCUAAGACAUAAAAUCGAAUAUUAAAAUAAUUUUACACUGUCAGUAUAAAAAAAAAUAGAAAUUAACAUUAAUAGAUACAGUUUAAAAAAAAUAACUAUCUAAAACAAGUAAAAAAUCAAAUGAAAAAUUUUUCGUUAUUUAACUAUUGAAAAGGGCUACUAACAUACGUUAUGGGAGAGGUCAUUUUAUCAGAUACAAAGACUAAGCAGAUAAACCAAUAAAUAAAGUUUGGACUUUUGAUUGACUUUUGACAGAUGUGGAUGAGUGCACAAGUUAUGUCCAUAACUGCCACCAGCAGGGUAUCUGCACAAACAACAAUGGUUCAUUUUCUUGUCAAUGUAAGAAAGGAUACGCAGGAAAUGGGACUUGGUGUGCAGGUGAGCUUCAGGCUCCGUCCACAUUUAUCUGUUUUGGCUUAAAAACAGAUAUUUUUUAAAUCCCGCUUGGUCCAUCGUCCACACGUAUCCGGUGAAAACGGUCACUGAAAACGCAUCUUUUCCAAACCGCUCUCCAGAGUGGAGAUUUUUGAAAACGCCGUCUUUUUGUUUACGUAUGAGCGAACGAAAACAAAGGUUCUAGAAUAUGAUUAUGUCAUACACCAUAUACUUCUAGCAUGACGCACGCUCAGUAAGGGAUCAUAUUAUUUACAUCGUUUAAGAGUUUUCGUGUGGCGAAAACGAUUCGAAUACCCCAGGUAAGGAUGAAUAAUUUUGUUUUUAAACGGAGAAAAAAAGCACCUUAAUCGAAAGUAUAGAUGCUUGUGUAAGGUGCAAUUAGCAAGACUCAAACAAUUAAAAAUUAGCAGGCAAAUUAGUGGGCACUUAGCAGGUCAGUCGUUUAAACAAAUGGCAGCGUAUGGGGUAUUUAUUCUAUAAUCUUAUGCGGGAAGAGAGACUUAUAAACCCUUCUUUUUUUUCACUGGUCCUAAGCUGGGCCACGGCCACAGCAAGAGAUAUUUAAUCAUUUAUUUACCUACCCAUGUGUUAAGUAGGGUUAACUGGAAUUCCUGGAAAUAACACAGUUUGCAGUUAACGUCUUAAAAAUUGAUUUGAGUUAGUGACAGGAAAAUCAAAUGGAAAUAAAAAUAGAAACGGUAAUGAUGAUGAUCAUAAUAGUGUAUAAAUCAUAAUUUUUAGUGAUGGUAAAAAUUCAGUCAGAUUGCGAGAAACCAUUUGCCUCAUGUAAGGGAAUCCAGGACAGUCUUGUAUUUCGGAUUUCACACUGCGGAUUCCGGAUUCGAGGUACUGGAUUCCAGUAUUUGUCAGUAGAACUUGGAUUCUGAAUUACAAUCGUUAGUGGGAUUCCGGAUUCCUUGAGCUGCAUUCCGGAUUCCUUAAGCAAAAUUUUCCCGGAUUCCGGAAUCUGGAUUCCCUUACAUGGGGCGAAACCAUCAAGUAUGACUACUGUAAGAAGGGCCAUAGCCAGUUGUAAAUUCAAAAAUUAAUGUGCAUUCUAGAUGUAA